UAAAAAAUCUCCAUUCCAAGCCUAAUGAAACAACUAAACACAUCCGUAGAAACCAUGAAAACUCUGAUUUGUGCAUCAAACCCAACUCACUAUAUCUCAAAAUGUUCUCCAUGGAGACCAAAGUUCCCAGCUUUAUACCCCAGAACUGCAGAAAAACUCAACUACCCUUUAAGCACAAUAAAGCCACAUGCUAACGCUAAAGGCUUUUCCUCUAGACCUUCAAAUGUUGAAAGUGAUGUCACUGGCAAGAAGCCCCCCAGCAAAGGGAAAAACAAUGGGGAUGAUGAGCUUCCUCAGGUAGUUUUGAACAGGAUAAUAGGUAGAAUCUUGUUUUCUGUGGGGGUUCCAAUGGGGUUGGGUUUGGCAUUGUUGUAUGUUUUUGGUAUGCUUAAGGAAAGACAAAUAUGGGAUGUGCCCAUAUGGAUCCCAUUUUUUACUACUUUCUUAACUUUUGGGACUUCCACACUUGGAAUUGCAUUUGGGACACUGUCCACAAGUUUGGAUGCAGAGAGGGAAGGUUCAUUUCUUGGGCUGAAUGAAGUUCAGAAGAAUUGGGUUGAGAUGUGGCAGGAUGAGGAUUCAAGCUAGCCAAAAGGGUGAUGAUUUUGCAGAUGGGUUUAUAAUGUUACAUGGGUAGAUUUGAUUAUGUACCUUAAUUUACUCAAGUGGUUCUUGUGCACCAUAAUAUGAGAAGCCAGAACCAUUAUUUUUAUUAUUAUUGAUUUGCUUAUCCUAAGUGAAAAUAAAUUGCAGUGCUGGUCUAC